AUGGAUAAGCAUACACCCAACUUCUCUGUGAUUGAAUUAAACGACGAGGAGCACAAUAUUCUGCAAAGCGAACAAAGAGUUUCCUCCUUCGUAGCGACAACAACCCAUCAGCCAGCUCUCACUACUCGUCGACGUGAUGGCCAGAUGAUUCCGUUGAGUGAGCGCUUCAGUUCACUUCCGCCACUCGUGCGUACGGCAGCACUUCUUCUACGUUGGAAUGCCGCCGUGUUGGAACGGCAUUUGCGUACAUUGGUAGUCAGCCUAACAGAAAUCGACAACGCUCUUAAUAUACUGAUUCGAAAUGAGCAACACGAGAACUUUGCAGUUGAUUUGGCCCAAAUCCGAAAAGGAACUGGCGUAUCUAGUUCCAGCAAGCUAAAGUCAUUGAAUCCAUACAUGGAUGACACAGGCGUUCUGCGCGUCGGAGGCCGCAUCAGUAAGGCUGAUCUGCCAGAAGAUAGGCGGUUCCCCAUAAUCUUACCUAAACACGGUAGACUAGGCGAGCUGAUAAUCAGACAUGUACAUGAAACAACGCUUCAUGGUGGACCGCAACUGGUCCUCCAAACUCUACGCUCGCGUUAUUGGAUAUUGAAUGGUAGACAAGCCGUUCGAAGUUACGGACAGAAGUGUGUUAUCUGCCGCCGACACCGUGGCGUGACUCUUUCGCAGCAAAUGGCAUCAUUACCAAGACAACGUAUCAGUACUUCACGGGCGUUUGUGUCUUCAGGGGUCGACUAUUGCGGUCCGUUUACGGUGCGCGUUGGCGCCAAACGGUCACGCACCAAGCGUAAUUAUCUAAAUUAUAAAGUGGGCUUAUUUUGUCAACCUGAUCAAAUUGUUGAAACCCAUUUGGAAGUUUUCCAAAAACUAACUCGUAUGGACAAUAGUCAUGUACAGUUGAUGGUGUUGUAUUAA